CCAUCCAAAGUUUGCUAAAGGCAAGGCACCGACAGUUUGUAAAAAAAAAGAGGAAAAGAGGAGUACAGUUUUUUCGGGCGAAAAAUGGUAACGAAUAUCCUCCGAAGUGUAGAAGCAUGUAACGCUGGCAUAAUGGGUUAUACAUAAGAUGUGCAAUAAAUGUAUAGCGCUGUUUCUCUAUGCUCCUACUAUUCUGGAGACUUCACUUGCUUUUUGUUUGAAAGCAUAGUCUGAACCACAAAACGUGUAUCAAAUAAAAUUUUCUCUCUCAAAACUUGAUUGAGAAACAAUCCAAAAACUACAUCACUAAUAAUAUUCUAGUUAGAUUUUACUAAAACAUAUCACUGGCUUUUCACUGGUGGUUCAAAAAUAAUCACUUUUUCUCGAAACCAAAUACACGAAAAAAUAGCCCUUGAAAAUUCUAUGGAUCUGAUCUCCUUAAAAAUUUUCAAGUUAUUUUUUUGUGGUUUUCGGAAACGCAUUCUGAAAGUCAGAUUUUCUGAAAACCGAGCUUUUGCGUCUAACACUUAGAACUUUCAGCAAAAGCAUCACAUAAAAUACGAAGUGAAUGAGAUUAGUUUUUGAUUUAAACCAGAUUGUAGAAAAUUGACUGGAGAUCAUUUUAUAGUUCAAAAAUUGGCAAUUAACUGAUUUUCUAACGGUGCUCACAUAAACGAUUAUUUCUUCACAGAAACUGAAUAAAAAGAAAAUGUAUUGCAUACCAUUCGAAAGAGCGUUUCAACCACUCUCGGAUGUAAUACAGAUGUCACAGAAUGUCUUAAAUAUAUAAAAAGCGUAAAAAAUGAAACAACAGUUCUUUUGGUAGAUUAUAACUUGGCCCGUAAUAUUUUACCAAAAAUCAGUCUGUACCCAACUGUAAACUGUGUUUUUGUUUACACACGACAUAUUUUUCAAUCGCCAACUAAUGAAGAAAUGGAAAGUUUAAACCCGUUAAGAGGAAAUGUACAGCUAGAUGGAGCAAGUCUAUUGCCAGUGUCCACGAUAUUGCAAGAGAUACAAACAUCAUUUAUUUACUAUGCUGGAAAACAAAACAAAACAUUGGAUUUGUCAACUGAAUCAGCAACAUUCCUCUGGUAUCAGUUAAUUCUUUAUGUUCUGCAACGUAUGCCAUGCACAAAACAAACUAUAGCGCUAUCAAUUGAAUCAUUAAGUGAAUAUUACAAACCGUAUACCGAACAACAAGCAAUUCGUUUUGCAGUGUUUGCAAGAUAUUAUAGUCCUAACGAAUCUCUUAUGCGGUAUAUGAAUAAUUCAUAUUUAUCUAAAAUAAUACGAAAAGCAUUAAAAACACAAGACUUGAACAUAUUAUUUCUUUGUCGAUUUUUUAUUAUUGAUCUAUCAAAUCAAGUUAAUACGAAAACAUCUAUACUCAAAGAAGAUUUACCAAGACAUUUUCAUUGUAUGAUAAAAAUUGAUAAAACUCAAAUCGAUCGGUACAAACGUAAUAGUAACGGACAUAUACUAACAGCAUCUGGCUUUCUUCUGGCAUAUACUAAAAUAGAAGAUGCACAGAUAUUCAGUCGAAAAAAUGCUAACAAUGAAUAUAUAUAA